UCAUUCUCUAUCUCUCACGGAACCGAGUAUUUAAUGUGUUUCUACCCGGAUCUUUUGUGAAUUGUACACAGUACGCUUGAAAAAUUCUUUAGCGGGCCGAGAAAUGCAUGUAGGGAUCCAUUGAUAAAGCAACGCUUGUAGUUUAUUUGCGGUUUGGGAAGAUUGGGACAUUCAUCCUGAUUUCUUGUACUCUACAUCAAAGCAAACAUUAUGGAAGUAGAAGACCCAAUAUCUGCCAAAUUCCAGACUAUCGUUGAGGCACUUAUGAUAAAAACAACAUCAGAGAUUGUGAAGGUUUUCGCUGAUGUCAUGUUGGAGACGAGAAUGGAGAUCUCUCGUAGCUGGAGGGAAAUUGAUGAUCUGAAACAGGAGUUGGAACAGAGAGAAGAACAGAGAGAAAAUCAACGAGGAGGCUCUAGAAGUCAAAUGACCCAAGUGACGUUCAAAACUGAAGAGGAUGACAUGGUGGUGUCCCAAGAUAGUAUUGGAAGUACAGAAAGCAGGGGUGAAGUGCAAAUAUCUGAAGACUCCACUGUUGAGGAAACGGACACCAGACAGAACGGCGUAUCAGUUCUUGAACAAGCAACUACAGAUAUUUCAUUACCUGAAACAUCUUGUAUAGACCCCCAGGUGACCCACUUAGAGGGUAGACAUGAAACAGUUCAUCCAUGUACAUCUCAUAUGGAACCUCAAACAUCUGCCACAGAGACCAAGGUUCUUUCAAAUGAUCCAGUCCAAGCUAUUUCAGCGGUCAGCUCCCAGCAACCAUCCCCUAGUACAAACAUUAUAAUUUUGAAUAAAAGGUCACAUGAAAAGGGGCCAGUAAUAUCAAAGAAAAUUUGCAUGGAAAAAAAAAAUUCUGCCACACAAAGAAACAGUGUAACACGCAUGCUUCGUGACAGACAACUUCUGAGUAGCCAGAAACCUUGUCUGUGCUGCAGUUCAGGCGAAUGCUCAAAGCAACAACGGGAGCCAAAAAAAAAUUCAUCAGUGGCUGUGGGGCAAGGUUUCAGGCAAGGGCAGACAAGGACAGAGUCUAAGAGCCAAAAGAGCUCCAGCAAACUUAAAUGUAUCAGAUGUGGACAGACAUUCACCAGUCUGACCACUCUGGCCAAUCACAAUCGAGUAUCCCCUAUAUUGAAAAAGCCAUUCCCAUAUAAAUGCUACCUCUGUGAUCACAUGUUUGCGACUCGGUGUGGCUGGAACAUACACAAGCGGAUCCAUGCCCAUAGUCAUGUUUCUGAGAUUGCACAACAAGACAACCCCAGUCCUUCCCAUUCACUCCCAGUGCCCAAAGAACUAAAGGCCGAGGUGGAGGUUCGCUUGGAGAGAAUUUCAGAGGCCCAGUUAGAAGCGGCAUUAUUUCCAAAAGGCUCCAUAUUGCUAGAUGAUGAUAUCAGUUUGAGCGCCAAGAAAUUAUCCUCAGUUGUAGAACCCACAACUUCUACAGCCAAUCCUAAUAAACUGUCUACAGGAACAACCACAAAUGCAUCCAUGUUAAAUUUGGAAUCUGUAUCUAACAGCUAUACAGAACUUGUCAUGGAAUGCCAUGCUUCCAGUUCAGGGACUGAAUCAAGUGAACGUUUAGGGCAGUCAGAUGAUGUGACAGAAGACUCUGGCAAAAACCAGCCAGCAGAAAAGCGGACCAAAUCAAAGUCACUUACAUGUAGAGUUGAUGGUGUGGAGUGCAAUGAAGCUUCAUCCAGUGCAAGUGAAGACUUAGCAAAAGGAUUUAAUUCUCUUCCUAGAAAACGGAAAAUGUCAGAUUGCAGUCAUGACUUGUACAAUGGUGUGUUUCCUGUUGAAAAAAUUCUUAGAUGGAGAAAUACAAAGGGUCGAAAUGAAGUUAGAAUCAAGUGGAUGCCUUGCUCAUUAUGUGGGGCAAAAUGGAAAAACACAUGGGAACCAGCUGAAAGCUUUAUCUCUUAUAAGGAUGGCAAACAUGAAGGAACUGGAAACACAGACAAACGGAAUUAAAAUGCUUGAUUUUAUGUUUGUUUUCACUUAACAAAUGUCAUAUGAUUUAGAAACUGAGAAUGACGGUGGAAUGAAUUUCAGAUCUCUUUCUUUAUGCAAACAAAAUGUAAUUAUUGGAUUCAAGAGAAGUUGGAUGUAUUAUUCUAUUAACAUGCUACUGUGUUAAUGCUACAGCACACACUUUGUUAAAACCUUUCCCUGUAUAUUUAGCACAAUCAUUACAUGCUUGCUAAUUUCUGUAAAUGGAUACAUGAUGCUAUGAGAACAAGUUGUCCAACAUCCUUAUGCAUGUAACUAAUUAAUUAAAAUAAGGUGCAUAAUUAGAGUAAACCGUGCUAUGGAUUUUGGCAUAUUAGAUGAGAUAUAUAUAUAUAUAUAUAAUGUACACACACACAAAGCAAACAGCAACAGGUCUUAUGUCAUUUUGAAUUGCUGGACUGAAUCCUGGAAUAUAUUUCAUAAUCUUUAAUCUUAGGUUUUAUAAUCGGUUCCUCAUAAGUAAAGUUAUUCAUUAAUUGUAAGCAUACUGUAUCAUUAUUGGUUUGGUUUCUUUGUGGUAAGAAUUUAGUUUUCUCAGUCUGGUUUUGUUAAUCAUUUGUUUUUCUUAGAUCUAUACUUAAAAUCCAGCUGAUCAAUGUAGCACCAGCUUAGUUAAAAAUAUCUUUACAUUCAUUACUGAUUGUACAUCUGUUUUUGUCAGUUUAUGUAACGUUUUUUUUUAAUUGCUUGGGGUGUUUGUUUUUAGUAUUUUAGAUAUCAAAUAUUUCCUUGAAGUUGGUGCAAAAAUGUCUUUCAGAUUGAAAGUUGCUCUAUAGUCUAGUCUAAUAUUAUUGUUCAUAUGUUCACCUUUGUUAAACUGAGCAGGCAUAUCUGUGUAGCAUUUCAUUAUGAAAACUAAAAUGACUUUACUCUUGAUUUUAUGUAACAUAGUGCUUCUUUCUGUGAUGUAAAUUUUGCCCUGAGAUUUUUUUUUAAGUUGUUCUGUGCAUAUUUGUAGCUGUGUAUAUUCAUUACUGCCUGUGAUGUGGUAAUGUUGACAAAUUGUCGAGUUUAAAGGGCACUAGUUUGGGCGAAUGCAUGAUUAAAAUAAAAUCAGUUGCCUGUC